CGGGCCGGCUCGGCCAAAGAGGAGGUUCCCGCCGCCCGUCCCCCCGCCCUUCCCCGCGGUGGGAGGAGACGGAUGGCGGAUGGAUGCGAAGGCUGAGGCCCGGCCUGGAUCGGUGCAGCGCUCGGAAGGGCUGCGCGGCGUUCCGCGGGCCGGCCCGGUGCCGCGCGGGGCUGUGCGGCUGCUGGCCGGGCUGCUCGUGGUACUGCUGCCCUCCGCGCCCGCUCAGCCCCUCGGGGCGGCCGCCCGGCGUCCCACGCAGGGACACGGGAUGCCCGGCCCGCCCAGGGGGCACUGCGGGAGAACGGCGGCUGGGGUUAUUACAGAUGACCUGUGCCUUCAAAAAGAGACUAACUGUCUGGAGAUGACAGCACUGCAGUUGCCUCUGAUGAUUCAAGCAAGUGAAGUCCCUGAUCUUAUCUUGACUUCUGCAGCCUUGGAUGAUCAGUGGAGCCAUUCAAUAUUUGCUAUGAUACCCUCAUGGACAAGGAAGAUUUUGUUCAAACGAGAGUCUUCUGUUAACCACCAUCUGCCUGAAGAUGUGUCCAAGUUGUCAGCAUCUUCUGGAUUUGGAAUAACCCUUCAGAAAUGUGCUGUGGUGGAUGUGGAACAUGACCCUCAAACUGCAUACAUUAGACUUCUGAUUAAUAACACCAACUCACUGCUCUCAAGGAACAUCACUGAUCUUAUUCUUCUGGACAAUAUCACCGGUCUACAUGUUCAAAAAGACAGUGGUAACGAGACAAGAGAUGGGAUGCAAAUUUACAGGAAAAGAUUCUUACAAGUUGGGGAAUAUUUUGCAAUCAACUAUACUGCAAUUCUUGAUGCAAAGAAAACAUGGAAUGGUAGGGUCUUGACACUGCCUGCACAGCUGACUUUCAGGAGUUUGUCACAGAAUCAAACAGAUCUUGUAUCGUUGACCACAUUGUUCACAAUAACUGAAGAAGAAAAGACCGAGGUCUCCUACAGCCAUGCUAUCCAUGCUUCAGGCUUCUUCAUUGCUUUUUUUGUUUCCCUGGUAUUGACGUGUGCUGUUUUCUUCAUUCUUUACCGAACCCAAUUACUAAGAUGGGGUUUCUGUAGUAAAAACCAGGAAAUACAACAUGAACUCAGUCAAAAUCACAAACUGGAGCAUUCUCACUUCAAUUCAGGUGACCUGUUCAGUGAAGAUGUAAUUAUGAAUGACCAUAUCAUUGAUAUACUGACCUUUGAAGAAUCAGGGAAUAUGCUUCAGGCUUUAGAAGACUUGGAAGUUGCCAGUCUGACUCGGGCAGAUGCUGAUUUGGAGGCAUAUCGAAUACGGAUCUGUAAAGAAGUGAUUGCUAUGAUGAUGAAGAACAUGGUUUUAAGUCACAGCCUCAUUCCACAUGUGGAGAAGAGGAUGAGUUCAAUUUUCAAAAAGCAGUUCCUUACAAUGGAGAGAGAAUUUCAGGAAGAGUACGAAAGAAAGGUUGUGGCUUUAACAGCUGAAUGUAAUCUGGAAACAAGGAAGAAGAUGGAGGCUCAACGCCAGAAGGAGAGAGCUGCAAAUGAAGAGGCUGAAGAGUUAAUGAAAAAAGUGAAUGAAAUGCCUGCUGUAGAAUACAGAAGUCUUUUGGAUAGACUUCACAGUCUGGAGCAGGACCAUCUGAAGAGGUUCCUUCUGGUAAAGCAGGAGGAAUAUUUUGCAAACUCUUAUAGGCAGCUGACUGUUUCCCAGAGAAAGGAGCUCCAUAACAUCUUCUUUACACAGAUAACAAAUGCUACUUUCAACGGAGAACUGAAACUGGAAAUAGCAAAAUCAUUAGUGGAAGAUUACUCUAAAAUACAGGGAGACAUUGAAGAGCUAAUGGAUUUUUUGCAAGCUAGCAAGAAGUAUCAUCUGAACAGAAGAUUUGCUUACAGAGAGUAUCUUAUAAGAAAGAUACAGUUAAGGGAUUCUCAGGCCUCUGAUCUUAUAAAUACAGCAGCAACUCAGAUAUUGAAUCUCAUUAAUAAGAUGGAAAGAGCGGGUCAUCUACAUGAAAGUCAUUUGGAAAUGCUGCUGGACCGAGCUGAGGCUGAAAUUAAUUCUGUUAAACAAAAAUUCGAUCAUGAUUUAAAACAAGAAAAGCAAAAGCUUCAUCAGAAACUCAUUACCAAGCGAAAGUGGAAAAUGUUGCAAAAGAAAGAGCAACGGAAGGAGCAGUUGUCCGUAGGAGACCCCUUCAAAACCUCAAGGGAGAUCACUGACUACCUGAGCCACUGGAAGACUCUUCUGAGUGAUCAUGCCAUUGAAUUUGAAGAACUUACUGAAAAGCUGGAUAAUGAAGGCAGUGAAGAGCUGAGAGACCUUAUAUUUAAUCUAACAGAGAAAACUGUUGAAGAAUUUAAACUUGUUCAAUAUGGACUAUUUGUGCAAGAGCUGAUAAAGCUCAGUGUACCAAAGGUGUUCCUGCUGGAGGUUGUGGAGGAGCAUAAAAAAGAGAUCAUCGUUAAACAUGAACACCUUGAAAGGGAAGAACGUGAAAAGAGCAAGGCUGCUGAAGAGUUGCUUCAGCUCACCAGGCAAAAACUAAGCCAAGAACUGGAAAACAGUCUUUCACAACAAAAAAAAUUAAGGAGCUGGGAACAAUCAGUAUUCAUGCAACUUCUAACUUUGCCCCUUUCACUAUCUGAAGAGGAGUUGCUCAAAAUGAGGCAGAAGUUCCACUGCUGCUUUUCUCAGCUGGACAGCAGUUUGGCUCUGCCCAAGAUAAGAGCAAGAGCUUUACUUCAGGCUUUUGAGCUGGAGUGGAGAGAUGCACAGCUACUGAAAGUCAAUCAGAAUCUAGCAAUGACCAAUAAGCAGCCUCAUUCUAAAACGAAAAAAACAGGAUCCAAGAAUAGAAAUAAGAUUGAUAUUUUGAAGAAAUCUUUACAGGACAAAAUUUUCAUUUAUGAAGACUCAGCGAAAGUUGAAAAUUUGACAAAGGCCAAUUAUGAAUUGCUACUUGAGAAAGACUGUCAGAUACACAAUUUGGAAAAUAAACUUGGAGAAUAUAUUGCUUCUUUAGAGUUUCAAAAGAGUGUUAAAAAAUGCAAAAUGCUGGAGCUCUAUGCAGCAAUCAUAAAUGUGCAAGCUUUGCUCUUGGAAAACCUGAGCAUGUCAAAAACCCUGUCAAAAUCGGAAUGUAUUCAGAUUUUAAAAGCUAAUAAUCCGGAGAUUGAAGAACUUGACAGGAAGCUGGAGUAUGAAAUGUUGCAUAAGGAGUCAGUGCAGCAGCAGCAACAUCUAACGAGUAAGCAGAGGUGGACACCAGAUGGAUUGAGACCUACAAAUGAACCUGUAGAAACAGAUGUAGACAGACAGGUGACAUUUCUGCUAAGACAGGCCAUGAAUAGAUGUAUGCAGUUCAUAAACUUGCACCAGCAGAGCUUGAGAGAUGAGCAGUGGAAUUGUACGGUGCUUGAAGAUCUCUUGGAAAAUAUAGAAAUGGAUGCAUUUUCAGCACUUUAUAGUCAGGAGCUCCAACUAGCAGGUUAUUUAGCCAGACUGACAAGGGUACCAAUGGGGAUGUUGCACAGGAUUCUGAACUUGUUGCUGCCCUCUAGUACACAAAGUGAGAUUCUUUCUAUCCUUGAUUCCAUUGGUGUAUAUUCAGAUGCUGCUGAAAGUGAUAGUAAUGCAGACGAGUCUGGUAGCUGUAAAAAAAGGAGGAACCAAGAAUGGCAAGCACUGGAGUGCAAAGUAAGGGAAGAUCUGAUAAGCAAAAGUUUGGAAAGGAUCCUUUCUUUAAACAGGAGAAAAGACAGCUUGAUAAAGAAGAAGCAAGUUGCCCUUCUGGAAAGGCCAUCAUUCAUUCACCUUGAAAGUUUGCCUAUGCGUCCUCCUGUGGAACAGCCCAGUCCACGUGUUUCUUUUAACAGUGUGGCAGCUGAAGCCAUAGAGGUAUUAGACACAGGGGAGAAGAUAUUUUUGUUUCGUGACCGGAAUGAUCCAACACUUUCUUUUCAUAAUUAUCCAAGAAAAAAGAAAAAGAACUUUCUUAAUUCCAAAAAGGCUGCUCGUGCAAGUUUAAAGUGAUGAGGGAGAGUUCCAGUUGGAGAAUCAACUGGUGAAGAGUAAGUUAUUUAAAAAUCAGAAAAAUAAUGAGAAAUAGUGAAGUAUGCAGUUUGAUUAGCACUUGGGUUGCCUUAAUAGCAUUUUUCUGACAUUGUAAAUGGCUGUAGUUUUAUACUGGCACACUUCACAGUGAGCAUUAUGCAUUUUAUACUUCUUGACAGUGCAACAGGCGGAAUAUAUUGGGUGUUUUGUGAUAUGCAUUCUGACAGACAGGACUCUGUGUUUCUUCAGUACAUUUUGGUCAUUUUUGCACUGAUUUUUACUGUAGCUCUAUCUUUAUAAUUUAUAUCAAUUUAUUUAUUAUAUAAAGCAGGUACUGAUUUGCUGUUUGUGUAUUUAUAUAUUCUUGUAACAAGCUGUGGUUCAGCAGAUGACAUGCAGAGAUAAAACUCGCAAGUCUUCUGCUCUCUGUUUUUCUGUUUUUCUUGCUAAUUUACUCUAUAAUCUUGUGCUGUUAAUGAGCUUUGAAUGUUAUAGCUACUCUCUGUAUUCUCUGGUGAUAACUGGUAGUUUAGGUCUUCAGCAUACUCUCUUAGUUUUAUGUCCAGGAGUAGUUUAACAUUUCACUAUUGUUUAUAAGCUAAUUCAGUAGAGCAAAGAAUGUUGCUUCAGUUGGAAACAUAAAGUUUAAAUUUUAAAUAUUUGUAACCUGUUGCAGUCAUUUUCAUGGAGAAACAAUACCAUAUAUGUCAGUAGAAAUGGGAAAAUGGCAAAUGCAGCUGUAUUCGCUUCACAAGCUUUUUUCUAUUACAGCACUGCCAGUUCUCACAAUUUUAGGUGGCUAUUUUUGAAGUUCUUAUUCCCAAAUUUCUCUAAACUGAUGUCAAUAUUACUUUACAUUUCAGAAAAGAGUCAAUUUUCAAACUUUUCUAGUUGGCAGAAAGUCUGUAAAUAUGAAUCCUAAAAACAGUAACAGGAAAAGGUAAAUUAAAAUAAAUGAAUAUGUUUGUUAAUAUUUCAUUAUAUUCUAGCCUGCUUUGUGCUCUUUUUUUAAAACUAUGUAAUGCUCUGAUGGUACUGUGAUUGUGUACUUUGCAGUUUUUCAAGUGUGGAGUUUCUGUGCCUUUGUAUUAAUAGGAUGCCAAUUUAAUUUUAAAAAUAAAAA